AUGUCAGACGGACACGCUACACCCGAAUGGGACAUUAAUGACGCCGUCGUGCCCAGAGUGACACAUUUUGACACAUUUGGCGAAUGGUGUGAUGGGCACGUGCGACGUGUUUAUCCCCCUGGCUGUGAGGAGGCACGGCGGCAUGCUUCUGGCUGGGCAAUGAGGAAUACAAAUAACCACAACGUUCACAUCCUGAAGAAGAGCUGUCUCGGAGUUCUCGUCUGUUCUACGAGGUGUAGAUUGCCAGAUGGCUCGCGAGUACAUUUACGACCAGCAAUUUGUGAUAAAGCAAGGAAAAAACAGCAAGGUAAACCAUGUCCAAAUCGGCUCUGCAAUGGCGGACGACUAGAAGUACAGCCCUGCAGAGGUCACUGUGGCUACCCUGUGACCCAUUUCUGGAGACAUACAGAGCACGCAAUAUUCUUUCAAGCAAAAGGCUCCCACGACCAUCCUCGACCUGAAGCUAAAGGCGCGAGUGAAGUGAGGAGGACCCUGGGUGCAGGAAGACGAGUGCGUGGCUUAGCUCUUCUACUAGCAAGAGAAGCAGCCAUCGCCGAUAAGAUCCUUAAUGUUAAACCUGACAAGCAAAUGACACAAAAGACCAACCACCUUCAGCCGCCACCACUGAUUCCAGACAGUCAAAGAGGCUUAACCUGCACGUGUGGACCAUUUGAAUGCAACUGCCGGUGGCGUCCCGAAAUCUCAAAUGAAACAUUUACGACAUCCACAUGGACGCAAUCCGAACAACCUUACACCUACGUAGCGCCUCCAGUUUCAGCCCCACAUCAACAACCAUACGACCCCAGUACUCUACCAGCUGACGACAUCUUCCACCCCGAGGAAAUUUUCCAACUAGAUCAACCAAUACGACUCGAUUUCCCAAUGGAAGAGAACACCCUCGAAUCUCCACCGACGUUCGCCGAUUUAAACAGUGAAAAUUCAAGGCCCGAAGAUUCAUAUUGGUUUGAAUGGCAACGAGCGGCCGGGUCCGAGUCUAGCGAAACCUCAUCACCGGAGCUUUUUGGAACCGGAUACCAACUGGAGUACUGUGACCAACAGGCGUACCCUCAGCAAUAUUACCCAGAGGAAGCACAGUACUAUCCAAUUGACACGAGAGAAUCUCCAGUGGAAAUGGAAGACCAACGUUUUUACAGAUAUAGCCAGGAUUGUUCCCAAGCCAAUGCAGAGAUGCACGCGUGGAACUAUACGGAUUGCGCAUUCAACACUCUUAAUACGCAGGAGUGCAAACAGUAUUACGACGCCCAACACUCCCAAGCCAGCACAUUUGGUGGCUUAUUAUAA